AAGACGACAAAACUAUGAAGACCACCAUUGAGCUCUGUCUCUGUGCUGACCACCUGUCCAAUCCCAUGAGCCCCUGGGAUGUCGGUUCUGGUGUGAUGACAGUUUUCAGGGAAUGGUGGGACCGGCUGAUGAGCAGUGCUGUACACGGACCCUCCAUGUCUGAUUAGGUGUAUCGAAACAUGAUUGCAAGAUUCUGUGGUCCUGCAACUGUAUCUACUUUAGAGACAGAUGAAUCAAAAGUCUAUCAGCUGCCUAAGACCCUGAAUGAAGCCGUCAUGUUGACUGGAGACUUGUUUGAACGACUUACACUGAACCUGGAUAUCGAAGAUCUCAAAAGACCCAGAGUUUGUUUGGCUGGACCCCCGGGUACAGGGAAGAGUAAGAUACUGGCGCUAGUGGGAAAGAAAUGGAUCUCUGAGGGUCAUACAGUGCAUCUCAUCAACACUUGUGCUGAAAGAAGUGAUGCUAUAACACAGCUUCACAAGUUGCUGCUCCAGAGUUCUACGGGACAGUCACCAGACACUCCUGUGAAGUUUGUCAAAACCAUGUUUUGUAACAUCAAAAAUUUAAGAGGAACAGAGGAAAGAAUCAAACGCUUGAUAAGUGAAGAGAAAGAAAACACUUUCUUUUCACUAAUUGACGAACCAGAUGCUGAUAAAAAGAAACUGACAGAUCUUCAAGGGUUUCUCCAAAAACUCAAUGACCGCCUUCCGGACCUUCACUUGUGGUUAGCCAUCUGCAGUUCUGACAUGGCUCCACUGGCUGGACGGGAAAGCCACUCAGCAUCCCCUUCAGCUGCCCCCCUUCAAUCAUACGUGAGACAUGUCAAGGUCAUAUGGGGAAGGAACCACGUGACUGUACCACUUGUGGACAAGAGAUCAUCAGAUUCCUCACACGAGACCUUCGUGUUUGCUAACCAGGAUACACAAAAUGCCUCUGAGAAUCUACAACCCGAAAGUCUACAAACAUCAGGUAGACAGUCUUCCAAGUGUUCAAUGGAAAGAUAUCUUGUUUUUGUUUGAAAAAGACGUUUCAAGAAAAGUCCGAUGAUACAGCUGCUGAAGAAGUCAGGUAUCCCGGUGCAGGUCAUGAACUCUAAAGAAAAGAAAAUGUACAAAUAGCAAAUAUAAAAGAUGACAAAAACAUUGUGUUGGCAUCAAAGGUAGGUUUUCCGUGCGGACGAAGAGAAAGGUAGUUGUUUACGUGGAAGGCAAUAUAAACAGGUCAACUCCUUCUGCUAAAGGGAAUAAACUACUGAGCAUCACGAGAUGUACUUCACAGCUGAUAGUAGUUCGUAUGUCUUGAACAUUAGAUUGCAUGUUUCUCAGUUUUCAUGACAGCAGUAAUAAGCAGUGUAUUAUUGUCUUCAGUCACAUUUCUCAAAAAUAACUUCUUACUUUCAUAAAUAAAGGUACUCAUUGCUAUAUUUAAAUAAUUAUUUAAUGCUUUAUUUUUGUUUCCGUGCUUUGUUAAUCCACAAAACAAGAAAAUCUGCUAUUUAGUAAGAACAACCAUUUAAAUAUUCAUAUAAAAUAAUUUAAUAGUCCUUUGUUUUCCAAAACAAUUUACUAAAUUAACUAUUGAUGCGUGAAGCUUUGUUUGAUUUGUAUAAUAAUGUGUGGUGCUGUGACAAAGACUAUUAUUUUAGAACUAAAGAACGUGACUAGUGCGGACGAUUUAUGUAUUUAUGUAUGUGUAAAUACAUUUUAGUGUUAUUUGUAUGGUCAUUUAUGUGUAUUUAUAUUGAAAGUAGUUGGGUUGAUAGCACAUGUUCAAGAAUUUUACACAUAGUUUGUCUUCACUUACAAAGUAUUAACAGGUACUGCUCUUUACAUGUAUCUGCAUUCAUGUACUAAAUUGUAUUUUUUGCCAAUGCUCGUCUUUAAUAUAUUUAAUUAGAGAGGACUGGCGUCACUUUUAAAAUAAAAAAUAGUUUGUUUAACAAUUGUAUAUAAUCUUCUCCCACAGCGGUUUGAUUUUCAUAGGGUACCAACAAUCGUUGACUGGUUUCCUGACUUGUUAUUGUCCAGCCUAUGUACGUUCUCUUUUUUUGCAUUUAAGCAUGUGGUGAUAUAUUUAUAUUUAAAAGUUGGAAUGUAGUAGUGACUUGAGAGUUUGUGUACUUAUGCAAUUUCUGUCUUUACUACGAAACAUCAAAAGGUUUCUUUCGAGCAUUGUACCUGAACUCAUGUGCAAAAAUGAAUCGCUUGUGUAUUUUUCUCUUUUCGAGUCUCAGAAUCUUCCCAAAAGUGUAAAAUCAUUUUUUGAAGUAGUGUUUCUGGCACAAUUUUAUCUCAAUAUACAGAAUUAAAUACUGAAUUAAAUGUUCCAAAAA